UCCAGCCUCCGACAACAAGAAGCAGGAGCCAAGCCAAGAUGGCCGACCUGGGGAAAAAGUACUGCGUUAACUGCCUCGCCGAUGUCACCAACCUGCGGCUCCGCUGCACCGAGUGCACCGAUAUCGAGCUGUGCCCGGAGUGCUUCUCGGCGGGAGCGGAGAUCGGGAACCACCGGAGGUGGCACGGCUACCAGCAGGUCGACGGCGGGCGCUUUUCGAUCUGGGGUCCCGAAGCGGAGGGAGGAUGGACCAGCAGGGAAGAGCAGUCGCUGCUCGAUGCCAUCGAACAGUACGGCUUCGGAAACUGGGAGGACAUGGCUGCUCAUGUGGGGGCGUCCCGCACUCCUCAGGAGGUGAUGGAGCACUACGUCACCAUGUACAUCCACGGUAACCUGGGCAAGGCGUGCAUCCCCGACAGCAUCCCCAACCGCGUGACCGACCACACCUGUCCGAGCGGCGGCCCCCUGUCCCCCAGCCUCACCACCCCGCUGCCCCCCCUGGACAUCAGCCUGGCCGAGCAGCAGCAGCUGGGCUACAUGCCGCUGCGAGACGACUACGAAAUCGAGUACGACCAGGACGCCGAGAAGCUCAUCAGCGGGCUGUCGGUCAACUACGACGACGAGGACGUGGAGAUCGAGCUGAAGCGCGCGCACGUGGACAUGUACGUGCGCAAGCUCCGGGAGCGGCAGCGGCGGAAGAACAUCGCUCGAGACUACAACCUGGUGCCCGUGUUCCUGGGCCGGGACAAGAAGGACAAGGAGAAGCCCGGAGGGCUGGGGCUCACCGGAGGUUCUGGUUCUGUGUGCGGCGCGGGGGUGGGCGGAGCAGUGGUGGCGGGCUCCGUGACGGCAGGAGGAUCCGUCGCCAUCCCAAGCACGCCCAAACGAAAGAUCACCAAGGAGGAGAAGGAGCAGCGGGUGCGGCUGCGCGCGCUGUGCCAGUUCAUGGCCCAUCGGGAGUUCGAGGACUUCUUUGAGAACAUGCACAAGGAGCGCACGCUCAGGGCCAAGGUGCGCGAGCUGCAGCGCUACCGCCGCAAUGGCAUCACGCGCCUGAAGGAGUCGCACGAGUACGAUGCGGCACGCCAAAAGCGGGAGAAGCGCAAGGAGAACAAGAGCGUGGUGAACUCCAAACGCGGCAGCUCGGGCGGUGGCCUGGGCUCUGGGAUUGGACUCGGGGGAGGAGUCGGGGGAGUGGGCGCCGGCGGAGUGCUGGGGUUGGGGGGUGGGAUUAAAGAAGAGGGCAAAGACGGCGAGUUUGCGGCCAUCGAGAACCUGGCCGGCUUCGAGCUGCUGUCGGACAGAGAGAAGGUGCUGUGCAGCUCGCUGAACCUCUCGCCCGCUCGCUACCUGACCGUCAAAACCAUCAUCAUCAAAGACCACCUGCAGAAGAGGCAGGGCAUCCCCGCCAAGAGCCGCCUGCCCAGCUACCUGGACAAGGUCCUGAAGAAGCGCAUCCUCACCUUCCUCACAGAGAGCGGCUGGAUCUCCAGAGACGCCUCCUAGCAGCUCCGUUUCUCUGUUGGAAUUACGGGUUUUUGCCUUUUAAGCUUUUGGUUUUUAUAAAUGUGUAAACCCCAGAUGUUUGUAGAAGAUCACCAGGAAUUGGCUUCAAUCCAAUGACCAUCACUGCAUGAUGGAUAACUCUGUUGGCCCAGCAGAGGGCGCUGUCUGGUUGAUUUUCUAGUGUUAUACUUCAGUUUGUCACUGAAAAUGCUAAAAGAUCUUUUCUGUAAAAUCAAAUAUCACUUGUUUGAUGCAGAAACUUACAUUUUUUCCGUCAAAAGUUCUACAGUUAGUCUCUAAAGACUUCCUGUGACCUCCCUCAGCCGGUGGGUCAAACCUGACGGGAAUCUCUCAGAUGCUUCAGUUUCAUCUGGAAAACCUGAUCUUGGUUUCCCUGCUCUGGGAAAGUCGGUGUGAAACAUCCGUCUGCACUGACGCUUCGGAUCAGAACAGAAAUCUGAAUGUUUACUGACCUAGAACCGUGAUGGGAAGGGGGGCGGGGGGACUCCGGCACUUGCACUUUUCCUCUGUGCUUGAACUCUCUACGGUUUGAUUGUGUUUCCGCUCUCAAACUUCUGCUGUGAGGGUUCACUCGUUCAUCAAGAGUCUCAGAUGUUUUCCAGCUGAAAGCUUUGCUUCCUGCAGUCAGAACCAAGCAGCUCGCUUUUAGAAGAAGAAACUGUUCUGUUUUUUUUAAAAACAGAUCAUCGUUUUUGUCACAAAGUCUGUCCUCAGAACUCAUGGCGGCGUUUGCUCUGCGGUUCAGUGACGGUCAGGAUGUGGUGAACAUGCAGGAAAAGAACGCCUCAUUAUCGGACAUCAGAAGGUAUUUGGUUGGUUUGGGUGAAAACACUGAAUGUUCUUCAGGACGACGGCGUAAAACUUUCCCCUCAGGUGGUCUGUGGGGUCAGACGAUGCUGUCUCCACGGGACCCCAAGGAUAACCGGAGAUCCGGUUUCCCCACAAGGGAAAGGCCAGGAAGAUGGUUUUGUAAAAACAACUUUAUCAAACAAAUGUAAAUAUUUUUGUAAGAUAAACAGGCUGGGAAAAUGAUAUAAUUAGUGUUUAAUGUACAGUAUUUUGUAAACUUUUGUAAUAAAGAGAUUCUUGGAUUAAAACA